AAAGGUCGAGAAGGCAAUUGACACUGCUGUGAUCGAAUAGAUUGCUGUGUUAGUUCCAGGAACUGCUGUGUAUUUCAUUGUGUUUCAGAGGGCAGAAACAUAUAUAAACAUGUUGGUUUUGCUUUGCUGUGUUUUUUUGUCUUCAUUUUCCACCACCAAUUCACUUUUUUGCUUUGUUUUUGGAAGAAGUUAACUCUUGAUAUCUAUUUAUAAGUCCAAGGAUUCAGUUUUUUUUAAGCCGAAAUUAUUGAUAUAUUCAUAUUCCUCCUAUAUUUUAUAUAUAUACGUUUCUCUACCUUUACUUUCAUAUUGUUUUCUACAUCAGAAUUAAUUAAAAUUAGUCAUAACUGUUAAGGUGAAAAAAACAAAACAAUUAACAAUGAAAUCACUAGCCAUCUAUUCAAUUUUGGCCUUGUUGGCUCCAUCAUAUGCUGCGAUUAUUCCUACCUUUUUACCUGAAAGCUAUUUGGUCCCCAUUGAAGUCGUUAAGAGAGACUAUGCUCUCACAACAUUGGGUUCUGAAGAUUUAAAUAGUAACUUUGUCACUCAGAUUAUUGAUGGGCAAGUCCAAGUUGUUUCUCAGAUUGAUGAUGGCCAAAUCCAGGCUCCUACUAGUACAUCGGCAUUAAUACCUAUUUCUCAAAUUGACGAUGGCCAAAUCCAAGCUCCAACUUUAACUACCAGUGAAGUAAUUUCAACUUUAACUCCAGUCAGUCAAAUCAGCGAUGGUCAGAUCCAAGGCACAUUAACUGUUACUGAAACAACUUUUCAAACUUCUUUAACCGUCACAACAAUCACCUCAGAUGGUUCAUUAAUUUUAUCAACCAUUACUCCAACUGCUUCUGAUUUUGAAAUUAUUGAAACUGGAAGCUCUUUCUAUUUUGAACCGAUUGGUUCUAAUACUGACGUUAUUGUAAUUGCGACAACAGAUGUUAUUGAUCAAAAUACUUAUACUGUAUUGACUGUCACUUCAACCAAUUCAUUAGGUAUUGAAAUCACUACCGCAACUGACGUUAUUGUUUCAACAAAUGAAGCAGGUCAAACAGUUUUAUUACCAAUCACUACAACUGUGACCACUGAUUCAGCUUCAUCAGAAACUGGUCUUUCUUCAUUUCAAAGUCAAUUUUUGAAUUCAGCUGACAGUAUGAAACUAAAUUUAAUUUUGCUUUCAAUCUCUUUUAUAUUGGUCAAUCUUACUGUUUUAUUCUGAUUUAAUUAUCUAUUGAUUCUGUUUUUUGUACAAAAAAUUAAAAAUUAAAAACAAUUGGGUAAUUGGGUAUUUCAAGUAAUCAAAUUCAGAACAAAUAAUAAAUUUUUGUAUUUUAAUUGGUGAUUUAAAAUUGUUUUCAAGGGUUU